AUUGCAAUCAACAUUAUUCCUUCGGUUUUUGUUCUUCUCUACUAAGCUCUAUGAUGAUAGAAGAUAGCGUGCCAGUCUGAAUUAUCUACGAAGAGAGAAGUGUAAGAAAUGGCAUUCAAGUGUAAAUUCCUGUUCGCGGCCAUGUUUAUAUCAAUAGUGCUAAACUCGACUAGUUUCGCGAUAGUCGUUACAGAUGCGGAAAUCUUCAUGAGAAUUCACUUGGAACCCUCUCGCAGAAACGCUACCAAAGAGAUGCUCAACGUCUACAGUUUCAUAGCUUCAAACUAUGAUUUAAGCGAGACCACUCUUGCACUUGGAGUUGUCAACACGCAAGUUUGCGAUAUAGGCAAGCAAAGAAAAGACAACCUAACCAUCGCUUAUGCCAAAAUGAAAGACUUCAUAAAUCCAGUGAACAUGGUGUACUCGUAUGAAGUAGCACAGACACCGCAGAACAAGAGGUUGAAAGGUCUGCUCAUGGACGUGCGCCUGCACCUGAGAGCCACAGUGAAUGCAUUGCUUCAUAUGCUUAGGAGGAAUUCCUAUCCAGUACCAAGCACACCCACAUCAGAUCCUGAGUCAUACCUGGACAAGAUAUCUCGGAAAUACAUGACAAAAUUUGUGACAGGAACGAUUACUGACGACAUGGUGAAGAGGUUUCGGAACUAUGUUAUCCUCUACACCUUGAAAGAUGUUAUCCGAGAAGUUGUGGAUCAGUGCAUGUGGCGAGAUCGUGCGACCAGAAACCAAAUCGUCCUUCCAUUAUAGCGUACUGAAUUAUUACAGAUACUGCAAACGUUGACAAUAUAUAUGAGCACUUUGUCACGUGCACUUAUUGUGACUCCUUAAAGGUUGGGGGACACAAGCGAACUUAUUGUAUUAGUGUUGUCAUAAACAAAAAACAGAGAAGUUAUAGAAACGAUAGUCACAUUAUGAAAAUAAGUUUUCUCUACUUAUUAUUUUCGAUAUCUUGGAUGGUCGGAGUCCUCAUCUUUAUCUCACUCUAUAACCAUUACAAGGCCUGUUCCUGUGAAGCAUAUGUUAACUGAAAGAGCAAAUUAAUAUUCCGUAAUAUGCCAAAUCGUUCGUCUCUACCGUACGAUUUCAGAUUACCGAGAAGAAAAGUUUUCCUGGAUUUACAACGAGGUUAAGAAAAGGCUAAAUUCAUGAUAAACCUGCAUUAAAGAAAGCGUAAGGACUCCUCACGUGAACCCUGACUGAGCGACUUGGAGAUUUACUCGCAAACGCUGUUUAGCAAGCAGCUUAAAGUCACUGAAUUAAAGAAGAUAUAUUCGGCUAGACGCAACCGUCAGGGCUGACCAUCGAUCCAAUAAUUCGUUUUUUAUAAAUAUCUUAUGGCGCAUGAUAUAAAAUGCUUCUUAUAUCACACUGUUCUGUUGGCGAUCUUCUAAGUUCGACCGGAACUUUAACGCCCAUGAAUCGCUAAUGAAAACUCACUCAUACAUUGAGGAAAACAAGGAUUAGAACAUAGUUUC